AUGCUCGAGGAGGUGGUAGGGAUGGGAGGCACGGCCGUGAAUAGGAAUCUCCUACAACUAAAAAGACUAAAGAGGGGACAUCAUUUUGGUGCGACAUUCUCCUCUCCGACUUUCGUCCUGCCUCCUGCGAAACAUCGUCCCGCGCGGUCCGCCUCCUCCUCCGCGCGGAUCCGGUCUCGCCCGCCCCUCCACGCGGACCUCGCCUCCUCCCCGCGCGGCGCGGCGACGCCUACUCCCCGCGCGGCCCGCCUCCUCGCGCGGACCUCGCCGACCUCGCCCGCUCCUCGCGCGGACCUCGCCGACAUCGACCGCCUCCUCCAUCGGCGCGGCGACGCAUCCUCCUCCAUCGCCCGCCUCCUCCCCGUGCGGCGCGGCGACGCCUCCUCCCCGCGCGGCCCGCCUCCUCCUCCCUCCACGCGGACCUCGCCUCCUCCUCCAUCGCCCGCCUCCUCCCCGCGCGGCCCAACUCCUCCUCCCUCCACGUGGACCGCCUCCCCGCGCGGCCCUCGCCGACCUCCACGCGGAUCCGGUCGCGCGGACGACCUCGCCCGCCUCCUCCCCGCGCGGCGCGCCGACGCCUCCUCCCCGGCCCGCCUCCUCCUCCCUCCACGCGGAUCCGGUCGCGCGGACGACCUCGCCCGCCUCCUCCCUCGGCGCGGAUCAGGUCCCGCCGACCUCGCCCGCCUCCUCCGAAGUCGUCGUUCAAGCGCCGCGGCUCUGACACCGGUGUACAACACCUUGAGUGAAGAUGUGAUUCUGGUUUCAUGUCAAUGUAAUCAGUUGGCCCUGCAGUUUGUUGAUACCGAAGAGUUCCAGAGGUGA